AUGAAAGUGUGCUGGAGACGAUCUUCAAGGUUUUUAGAAAGAAGUAUGAGCUCACAUGUUUUACAGAGGUUUCCGUUCGAGACACAGAAUGGCGAGCACUACUGGGCUCUGAAGGAUAACAAGUCGUACCAGAAUGCGAGACCCGGGUACAAGGGUUCAACGUUUUCACAGCAGUCAAAAUUGCCCUCCUUAGUGGUUCCUGAGCUUGGUGCUACGUUGAACAAGUAUUUGCAGACAAUCAAGCCGUAUUGCGGCGAUCCCGCUGAGUAUAGCAGACAAGAGAUGCUUUGCAAGGAUUUCGCUGAGCAUAUGGGCCCAGUUUUGCAGCAGAGAUUGGUGGAAUUCGCUUCCACGAGAAGGAAUUGGAUGUCUGAGUUUUGGGAUAAUCAAUCUUACUUGGAGUACAACGAUCCUGUGAUACCUUAUGUAUCGUAUUUUUACUGCCACAAACCGUUGCCUAUCAGCCACAAGGCGAUUGAGUCGGAUCCUUUGAUGAAAGCGACGGCUAUCAUUGUGACGGUGUCAAAUUUUAUUGAAGCUUUGAAAGAUGAAUCCCUGCCUCCCGAGGUGAUUAGGGGCACCCCCUUUUGCAUGAACAGUUUCCAUCUCAUGUUCAACACAAGCAGGUUGCCGGGGCCGCCACAGGAUAAUCGUGACACUAACAUCUUCUACUCAAUUUACGAAAAUAAUUUCAUCGUCGUGGCCUUCAAGGGCAAUUUCUACAAAGUUACGACUCAUGAUCCGCAAACCAAUAAGCCUCUAUCGCCAAACGAGAUUUGGUCUCAGCUUUACUCGAUCGUUAAUGCCAAGAGCGCUCAUUUGCAAUGCGAGACAAAUUCUGGUAUCGGCUUUUUGACAUCGUUGCCCCGUGAUCAGUGGCGAGUAGCGUACCAGGAGCUGAUCAAGAAUCCGCUUUCUCAGCACUCGUUGGAGACCAUCCACAGGGCUUCCUAUAUAGUGGCAUUGGACGAUGCCAAUCCUGUCACCUUUGAGGAAAAGUCUAGAAACACCUGGCACGGUAAUGGUUAUAACAGAUAUUUCGACAAAUCGUUACAGUUCGUCGUCACGCAAAAUGGUUCUUCCGGUUCCGUUAACGAACAUUCAAAGAUGGAUGGCACCCCAACCUGCUUCUUAAACCACUACGUGGUGCAAGAAAUGGCAAAACUGAAUCCAUCCGCUUUCGUUGAAGCUGUUCGUAAGCCUUCCGAGCAACGCGGUACUGUCACUCACUUGCCAUUCCUGGUCACCCCACCCGUGAAGCAAUGGAUCAAUACAGCUCGCCAAGCGUUCGAAAAAGUCAUCGGGGAACACGAUUUGCGCGUCUGGCACUACAACCGAUUCGGAAAGAAAUUAAUCAAGAAGCAUGGCAUGUCUCCAGACGCGUUCAUCCAGCAGGUGAUGCAGCUUGCGGUGUACAAAUAUCUGGGCAAGCAGCUACCAACUUAUGAAGCUGCCUCCACCAGGAUGUUUUUCAAAGGACGGACCGAAACCGGUAGAUCUGUCUCUGAAGCGUCCCACAACUUCGUAACGGGCUGGCAGGACCCAGACGUCUCCCCCAAAGAUAAGAUAAUGCUCUUGAGAGAAUCUGCAAAGUACCACUCCAACUACCUGAAGGCUGCUGCAGCAGGUCUUGGCAUUGACCGUCAUUUCUUUGGUAUGAAAAACAUGUUGAAGCCCGGCGAUCCCACGCCGCCGCUUUUCUCAAAUCCGUUGUUCAACUACUCUUCGACAUGGCUAAUAUCCACUUCUCAACUCUCUAGUGAGCUUUUCGACGGCUACGGCUGGUCUCAAGUCAACGACAACGGGUUCGGCCUGGCUUACAUGCUAAAUGACGACUGGUUACACAUCAACAUAGUAAACAAACCACUGCCCAGCGGCCUCAGCGUUGACAAACUGCACUACUAUUUGACACUCGCUGCUGAUGAGCUACACGACGCACUGGAUGCUCAGGAGAAUAUCAAGGCCAAAUUAUGA